CCUAGAACCCCAACAUUUUUCUCUUCUAUCUCUUAAAUUUUUUACAGUUUCAAAAUUUAAGUUUUUAUUUAUUUAUUUAUAAAACCCAAAUUUUAACUAGUAAUAUCAAAAGUAAAAGAUUAAAGACGGACUGCACCAACAAAGCAACUGGGUUUGUCACUGUCUGACUGAAUAUAUAUGGCCCGUACUCCCUUGGCAUAAAACAACUCUUCCAACUUCCAACUUCCCAACUUCCAACUGACUCCCACGCCUUUCACUCAUACCAUUCAAUAAGAGAGGCGAGGGAGAGAGAGAGAUAGAGAUGGCGGCAGCGUCGUUUAGAUGGAUACUACAGUUACACAAGGACGUUCCCAAAGCAGCUCGGUUCUACUCAGAGGGGUUGGACUUAACCGUCAACGUUUGCACUCUCCGUUGGGCCGAACUCCAAUCUGGCCCUCUCAAACUCGCCCUCAUGCAAUCUCCCAAUGACCAUGUUGUGCAGAACGGAUACUCUUCACUUUUAUCAUUCACAGUGACUGAUAUUAACAGUACAGUGACAAAAUUGAUGACAUUGGGAGCUGAACUAGAUGGUCCCAUCAAAUAUGAAAUUCAUGGAAAGGUUGCAGCCAUGCGAUGUAUUGAUGGCCACAUGCUAGGCCUCUAUGAACCACUUUAAGGGCCUCAAGAAAUGAGUUCCUCCAAUUAUGGAAAAUGAAGCAGGCAGCUAAGAGCUUUUAUUAUGGCAUCUUGAACUCUUUUGAUGACAUAGCGAAGACGUGAGAAGCUUCUCCUUUCUUUGGAUUCCCUUCAAUAAUAGAGAAUGUUUGUUCAUCCAGAUCUAUUACAGCCGUACAUAGUGUGUAAAGUAUUGGACCUGAGAAUAUGGCAUGAAGGGUCAUUUUAGGAGAGUAAUUAUUCAACAGAAGGUAGUCAAAUACGCUCCAAAUUACCUGUCAUGUAGAUCGGGUAUUUUGCAUCAGCCAUAUCUCCAAGAAGUGACAAGAAUUCGUUUUUUGA